AUGUACUGGGCCAAACCCACGAGGGUUGCAGCUAUUGCGGAUGUUAUGACUCGAGGUAGGUUUUUUUCUAUAAGAAGUAACCUCAAAGUUGUAAUUGAUGGCAGCAUCUCUGAGGAGAAACGCAGGUAUGACAAAUUUUGGAAAGUGCGUCCUAUUUUAGAAGCAAUAUUGCAGGGGUGCUUGCAGCUACCCAGAGAGAAAGUAGUUGCUGUGGAUGAGCAGAUGAUAUCAUUCACUGGAACUUGUCAAAUGAAGCAGUUUGUUAGGGGAAAACCCAAUCCAGAGGGAUUGAAAAUUUUGUUGUUGCUGCUCCUGAUGGACUUGUCGUAG